UAGGAUGGGAGGUAGGAAUGUGGAUUCGAACCGGUUGUAUUCGGUGAUGGUGACCCGGGGAUGGUGGUUGAAUGUCGAUUCCCGCGAGGACUGGGACGAGAUCAUCGAGGAGAUGGCGCUGCCGACGCGUUGCGUGAACAAGGAGAUUGCGUUGAAGAAGAAUAACAUCCGAUUUUUGGACAAGUACGAGAAAGGAUCCGACGAAGAGGAGGACGGCAAGAAGCGGCAUAAUCGGAGCAACUUCCCGCCCACAAACGCUCACAUCGCGGCGGCGCAGCUUCAGCUGGGGACAGCGAGCAUAAAAAAUCUGUGUCAUUGUGGAAGGAGGAUGAAGUGA